UAAAAAGGUUGACUUAGGGGUUCGUUCCACUUCAACUUAUCCCAUAGAUUAGAUUAUUGGAACAAACAAACAAUCACCCUUCCCGUCCCAUCCCAUCCUGAUUUUUCAUCACUAUUAAACUCAGAUUCCUCUGCACUUGGCUGAUGGCUUCAUCAGUAUUAGUGGCCCGAUUAUGUUUACUGGUUGCCUUUGUAUUCCAUAAUCUUCAAAUCACAAGAAGCAAACAGGUUUGCGAUGUGAAGUCAUGCGGCGAAAUCGAAGAUAUUCAGUUCCCAUUCGGUUUGAAAGAAGCCAAUCAAGAGCCUCAGUGCAGCUAUUACCCUGACCCCAGUUUCCAUCUCUUGUGCAAGCGCAGCAACCUCACUCAAACAAUCCUCACUCUCCCCAAAACAGAGGACUUGGUAAUCAAGAGCAUCGAUUACGAGGAACAAACCAUCCAAGUCAACGAUCCCAAAGGUUGUCUCCCAAAACGUUUCUUGCACAAUAACUGGGACCUUUCGGAUUCACCAUUCACACUCGACAUCGCACGCUACAAAUAUUUCAAUCUGACCUUCCUCAGUUGCCCCUCAAACUGGACCAAAUCCACGGGGUCACCUAGAAUCGCAUGCCUCAGUGACAACACUGGAAACUCGGUCAUAGUCUUAGGGCUGCGUCCUAUUGACAUAUCAUCAACGUGUGACGUGAUGUCCACGGCUCUUGUGCCGCUUCCGAUGGUGGAUAUGCCUCAGUGGCCAUUCUGGCCUGAUCUCAACCACGAUAUUGGCUUGGCUUGGACCCAACCAAGGUGCUCCGAAUGUGCGGUUAGUGGCCAACGUUGUGGCUUCGUCAACGAUAAAACUUCUCGAGUUGGAUGCUUUUCUACUCCCACCAAAAACCAAGAAGAAGAAGUAGCAGAAGAUGAGGAGGAGAAAGAGAAAGAGUUCUGAAUUAUGCAUGAUUUUGGGUGUAUUUCUUAAAUCCUUUGGGUGUAUUUUCUGUAAUCUUUUGGGUGUAUUUC